AUUGCAUGCUCAAUUGUUUUGGUAGCAUUAGUUAAUUUCUCAUUUAUCUACUCUUGUUAACUAUUCCAAAAUGAAUAAACAACAAGAUGAUGAGUCGAAUAAAUUUAGCUUGCUGGUAAUUGUGCUAGACACCAAUCCAUCACAACGCAUAGUGCGCCAAAAUGCCCAGUUACUUACCCAAUGUGUGGAGGCCAUUAUUGCUUUUGGUAAUGCACAUCUGAUGCAGUGUUCACAAAAUAAACUGGCUGUUCUUUCCUGUCAUCAUCACGCCACUGAUUUCCUGUAUCCUUUCCCUGGAAAGCAGUUGGAUGUUCGCCAGAUUGAUGGACAAUAUGAAGUAUUCAGUUUGGUCGAGAAGACUGUAAAACAACGCCUAAGCCAUAUUAUUACUAACGCACCAAAAUUGAAUGCACCUUGCGAAAGUAUUUUAGCAGGCAGCAUGGCGAUGGCUUUAUGCUAUAUUUCUAGAAUACAACGUAAUGCUGCUGCAGGUCUAAAAAUGCACUCCCGUAUACUAGUUGUGACAGGCAGUAAUGAAUGUGCUUCUCAGUACAUGACGUAUAUGAAUGUUUUUUUCACGGCUCAGAAACUAGGUAUUACAAUUGAUGUUUGCGCAAUGGAUAAAACGAUGAGUCUUCUGCAACAGGGUUGCGAUAUUACGGGCGGUCAAUAUUUACGACUAACACAGUUAGAUGGUUUAUUACAAUAUUUGCUAUGGGUGUUUUUGCCCGAUCCACAGAUGCGUCAGAAGUUGGUACUGCCUCCGGCAACAAAAGUUGACUACAGAGCAGCUUGCUUUUGUCACCGAGAGCUGAUUGAUAUUGGCUAUGUUUGUUCGGUGUGUUUAUCCAUAUUUUGCAAAUUUAGUCCGAUUUGCACCACUUGUCAUACGGUUUUUAAAAUACCUGGACCCAUGCCCAUUAAACCAAAGAAAAAGAAAAAGGUAUAAUUGUAAUUUACUUAUACAAAUUGUUAUAUAAUUAACUUAACUUAUGCAAAAAAAUAUAUCU